AUGCUCUCAAAAGCACAGCGGAUAAGCCUGUUCAUUGCUUUAGUUGCUCUCUGCGCUAUCACUCUGUUUCUCGCCCAUUUGACCUCUUCGCCCGUAUCCCAUCUAGCCGCCAGCAUGUCAGUCACACAUGUCGUCCUCUUCCAGUUCAAAAAGGAGGUCUCACCAGAGGCCGUACGCAAUCUUUCCACUCGUAUGCUAGGUUUAAAAGACAAAUGUCUUCAUCCGCUUACCCAGAAGCCUUAUAUCCUUUCAUCUUCUGGCGGGGUUGAUAUGUCGAUCGAAGGUAUCCAGAAUGGCAUGACACAUGCCUUUGUGGUCAAUUUUGCAAGCAAGGAGGACCGAGACUAUUAUGUCCAGAAGGACCCCAUGCACCAGGACUUUGUGAAGAGUGCCGGCGAAGUUCUCGAGAAAGCACAGGUUGUAGACUUUAUCAAUGGAGAAUUGUAA